AACCAACAGCAUGUCAAACUUGAUUGAACUCUCUAGCGACGCUGAAUUCCAAAAGAAUGUCGAGACAAGUAAUGUCCCAGUCGUUCUAAACUUCUGGGCUUCCUGGGCUGAACCUUGUAAGCAAAUGAACGAUGUUUUCAAGGAACUCGCCGACAAGUUUCCAGCAGUAAAAUUUGUUCAGAUUGAAGCCGAAAACUUCCCAGACAUCUCUGAGCAAUUUGAAAUUGAAUCUGUUCCAUCAUUCAUCGUCGUUAAGAACAACAAGGCCGUUAGUAGAGUAGAAGGUGCCAAGGCUGCUGAAUUGGCCAACGCAGUAGCUAAAUAUGCCAAGGGCGUUCUUACAAGCAAUACUACCGCCAAUGCCGUUUCUCAAACCGCCGAGCCAGUCCGUGACCUGCAGUCCAGAUUGAAGGCUCUUACUACCAGCGCUCCCGUCAUGAUCUUUAUCAAAGGAACACCACAACAGCCAAGAUGCGGUUUCUCAAGGCAACUUGUUGAACUUCUUGCCGAGCAAAAUGUUCGUUACUCAUCUUUCAACAUCUUGGCUGACGAAGAUGUUCGACAAGGGUUGAAGGAGUUCUCAAACUGGCCAACCUUUCCCCAGGUUUACAUCAACGGCGAGCUCGCUGGCGGGCUUGAUAUUAUCAAAGAGCUGAUCGCAUCAGGAGAGUUUGCAGAGAUGAUUCCCAAAGAGAAAGACCUUAGCACCCGACUCCAAGAACUCAUUGAAAAACAAUCCGUCAUGGCUUUCAUAAAGGGUACACCUCAGGAACCUAGAUGUGGAUUUUCACGUCAAUUGGUUGGCCUCCUCAAUGACCGGCAUGUCAAAUAUGGAUACUUCGAUAUUCUUUCAGACGAUGAAGUCAGACAAGGACUCAAGACUCAUGUCGACUGGCCCACAUUCCCAAUGCUUUUCUACAAGGGCGAGUUGUUGGGUGGAUUGGAUAUUAUAAAGGAAAUGAUUGCCAGCGGAGAGUUUGACCAGGUCAUUAGUGCCUAAUCAUUAUAACAUUUGCUUUUGGAUGUCGACUUGCCACCAUCAUACAUAUAAUAAGAAUUCCAAAUUACCCCAUAUCACAGAAAAAGUUAGAGAAGAGAUUAAGUAAUAAAAGAAACAAUACAAUAUUUAGGCAUUUUAUUAUUUUACAUUAUGGCGCUGUGUAUAUGUUAAAAAGUUUAGCAUGUUCAUUGUUCAACGCCAGGAGGUCGCUCUACUCGAACCUGCUCCCAAUCAUCGUCUUCAUCGCUCUUAGCUUGUAAACGCUACGAUGGAAUUGACUGCGUCAGCAUUGGACAUAAAAUCCAUUA